GGAAAGAGCCCACCGUACAAAACUCGGCUUCCCCUCUGCCGUUCCAACCGCCGCAUCGCUUCUUCUCCCUCCCCACGUCUGAGAAGGAAGGGAAGAAAAAACGCAUUCCCCGGCCGGAUCCUAGCCCCCCCGAUCGCACGCGAUGCGAUCGCGGUCGCGGUCAUGCUCGGAGAUGUCGCUGUCGCUGUCGGCGGCGGGGUCGUCCCCCGCGGAGCGGGACGGCGAGCUGCGGUCGUCACCCAACUCGCCCCCGGCCGCGGCGCCCCCGCCGCUGGUGGGCGCCUUCAUCGAGUCGCUCUCGUUCCGCAGCUGCGGCUUCGGCCGCGCCGCGUCGUCGGCGUUCGAGAAGGAGGACCUCCGCCUCCGCGCCGCGCUCCCGCAGCGCCUCCGCGACGCGCUGCACGCCGCGCUCAGGGCGCGCGACCCGUCCGCGGGCAAGUUCGCGCUCGAGGAAGCCCCCGGGGCGCCCACCGGUGUCAACCAGUGGUACGCCCUCGCGCCCGAAGACGCCCCCGAGAACCCCCUCGUCGCCUUCGUCAACCCCAAAAGCGGCGGCCGCGUCGGCCCCGUCCUCAAGUCCCGCCUCCAGGAGCUCAUCGGCGAAGACCAGGUUUUUGAUCUUACGGUUGUUAAGCCUUCUGACUUUGUGGAAUAUGCUUUGGCUUGUCUGGAGCAACUUGCUGAUUCUGGAGAUCAUAGUGCAAAAUCCAUUCGCCAUAAUCUGAGAGUCAUGGUAGCAGGAGGUGAUGGUACAGUAGGUUGGGUGUUGGGAUGUUUAGGAGAACUAUAUGUUCAGAACAGGGAACCGGUUCCUCCAGUUGCAGUCAUACCACUUGGAACAGGAAAUGAUCUUUCCAGGAGCUUUGGUUGGGGUGCUUCAUUUCCUUUCUCAUGGAAAGCAGCUGCUAAACGAUCUCUCUACAAGGCUAUUUUGGGCACGAUUUCUUGUUUAGACAGUUGGCAUAUUGUUGUUUCUAUGCCAGAAGAAGGCGAAGAAGAAGAAGAAUUGGAUCUUCCCCACUCCCUUAGACAUCUUGGAGAGUGUACAUUUUAUGAUGACGGCACUGCUGAAGGAGAGGCACCUGAGACAGUUUCUUGCUUUGCUGGUGUCUUCUAUAAUUACUUCAGCAUAGGGAUGGAUGCCCAAGUGGCUUACGGAUUUCAUCAACUACGUGACGAUAAGCCAUUCCUUGCAAGUGGUCCUUUAUCUAAUAAGUUAAUUUACGCAGGAUAUACCUGUAAACAGGGAUGGUUCUUUACGCAGUGUAUUAGUGACCCUGAACUAAGGGGAUUGACAAACAUUAUCCGUUUAUCGAUAAAGAAGAUGGACAGUUCUGAGUGGGAGCAUAUCCCUGUACCAUCAAGUGUAAGGGCUAUUGUCGCGUUAAAUCUUCACAACUAUGCGAGUGGAAGGAACCCAUGGGGAAACUUGAAGCCUGAAUACUUGGAAAAGAAAGGAUUUGUCGAAGCCCAAUCAGAUGAUGGCCUUCUUGAAAUAUUUGGGUUGAAGCAAGGGUGGCAUGCAUCCCUCGUGAUGGUGGAACUUAUUUCUGCCAAACAUAUAGCUCAGGCAGCAGCAAUCCGGAUAGAGAUCAAAGGUGGCCAAUGGAGAGAUGCAUACAUGCAAAUGGAUGGAGAGCCAUGGAAGCAACCACUGAGCACUGAGUAUUCAACUUUCGUUGAUAUCAAAAGGGUGCCAUACCCAUCACUGAUCAUCAACGGUACAGAUCGCUAGUGGGAGCUCAGAUUUUGUGCCCUGGCCUAGCUUGACCUGUGAAGAACAAUUUUCAUCUUCCAGCCUGGAAGCUCAGUGAACUACCAGCUCAAUCCUGAUCAUGCUUGCACGAACAUAACUGUAUAUGGAGUUGAGGAUAUAUAGAAUUUGCAGGACAACAACAGAAUGUAGCCGUGCCCUUGUGCAUUGAUCUGAGUUAUGAAUUAAUAUUGCGUGCCCUGCAUGAAAUUGCUGUUGCAUAUGUUCAGUAAUUUAAGGGUGGUACUAGUGCUUUUGUUUAUUGGUACCACAUGUAAAAGAGAGACGUGAGAUAAACUGUAAUUCUUUCCUCCCAAAUGUACAUAGGAAACCUUACGUAAACUUCUCUACGAUUUUGUUUUCCCA